GGAGGAAGCGGCGCUCCCGCCGGCUGGAGAGCGGUGCUGGGACCCGCGCUGCCCUGAGCCCGCGGCUCCCGGGAGGCCGAGCGCGGCCGCGGCGGACAAAGGAGCAUGCCGGCGCUGAGGAGGGCCCGUCCUCCGGCCGCCAUGAGGCUCCGGGCGCCGCCGGGCCCGCGCCGCGUCCCCGCCAUCCCGGGCGCCGGGCCGGCCCGCUAGGCCAGCGCGCCGCCGCUCGGUCCGCAGGCCCCGGCCCGCAGCAUGGAGCCGCCCGGGCGCCGGCGGGGCCGCCCUCCGCCGCCCCUGCUGCUGCCGCUCGCGCUGCUCGCGCUGCUGGGAGGCGGCCGCGGCGCCGCGGCGCUGCCCCCGGGGUGCAAGCACGACGGGCGGCCCCGAGUGGCCGGCAGGGCGGCGGGUGCCGCCGAGGGCAAGGUGGUGUGCAGCAGCCUGGAGCUCGCGCAGGUCCUGCCCCCGGACACGCUGCCCAACCGCACGGUCACCCUGAUUCUGAGUAACAAUAAAAUAUCCGAGCUGAAGAACGGCUCCUUUUCUGGGCUAAGUCUCCUUGAGAGAUUGGAUCUCCGAAAUAAUCUUAUUAGUAGUAUAGAUCCUGGUGCCUUUUGGGGACUGUCAUCGCUAAAAAGAUUGGACCUGACAAAUAAUCGAAUAGGAUGUCUGAAUGCAGACAUAUUUCGUGGACUCACCAAUCUGGUGAGAUUAAACCUUUCCGGGAAUUUGUUUUCUUCAUUAUCUCAAGGGACUUUUGAUUAUCUUGGCUCAUUACGGUCUUUAGAAUUCCAGACUGAGUAUCUUCUGUGUGAUUGUAACAUACUCUGGAUGCACCGCUGGGUGAAGGAGAGGAACAUCACCGUGCGGGACACGCGGUGUGUGUACCCCAAGUCUCUGCAGGCCCAGCCGGUCACAGGCGUGAAGCAGGAGCUGUUGACAUGCGAUCCUCCCCUUGAAUUACCAUCUUUCUACAUGACUCCAUCUCAUCGCCAAGUUGUGUUUGAAGGGGACAGCCUUCCCUUCCAGUGCAUGGCUUCGUAUAUUGACCAGGACAUGCAGGUGCUAUGGUAUCAGGAUGGGCGAGUGGUUGAAACUGAUGAAUCGCAAGGUAUCUUUGUGGAGAAGAACAUGAUUCACAACUGCUCCUUGAUUGCAAGUGCCCUAACCAUUUCUAAUAUUCAGGCUGGAUCGACUGGAAAUUGGGGCUGUCACGUCCAGACCAAGCGCGGAAACAAUACGAGGACUGUGGACAUUGUCGUGUUAGAAAGCUCCGCGCAGUACUGUCCCCCUGAGAGGGUGGUCAACAAUAAAGGGGACUUCAGGUGGCCCCGGACGCUGGCAGGCAUCACUGCCUAUCUGCAGUGCACGCGGAACACCCACGGCAGCGGGAUCUAUCCCGGAAACCCGCAGGACGAGAGGAAGGCUUGGCGCAGAUGUGACCGAGGUGGCUUUUGGGCAGAUGAUGACUAUUCUCGCUGCCAAUAUGCAAACGAUGUCACUAGAGUUCUUUAUAUGUUUAAUCAGAUGCCUCUCAAUCUUACCAACGCUGUGGCCACAGCCAGACAAUUGCUGGCAUACACCGUGGAAGCAGCCAACUUUUCUGACAAGAUGGAUGUUAUAUUUGUGGCUGAAAUGAUAGAAAAAUUUGGAAGAUUUACCAAAGAGGAAAAAUCAAAAGAGCUGGGGGACGUGAUGGUGGACAUCGCGAGCAACAUCAUGCUGGCGGACGAGCGGGUCCUGUGGCUGGCGCAGCGGGAAGCGAAGGCCUGCAGUCGGAUGGUCCAGUGCCUGCAGCGGAUCGCUACGUACCGGCUGGCAAACGGAGCUCACGUCUAUUCUACCUAUUCACCCAAUAUUGCUCUGGAAGCUUAUGUAAUCAAGGCUACCGGCUUCACUGGGAUGACAUGUACCGUGUUCCAGAAAGUGGCAGCUUCUGACCGAACAGGCCUCUCUGACUACGGCAGGCGCGACCUGGAUGGGAACCUGGAUAAGCAGCUGAGCUUUAAGUGCAAUGUGUCAAAUACGUUUUCAAGUCUGGCGCUAAAGAAUACUAUUGUAGAAGCUUCUAUUCAGCUUCCGCCAUCCCUUUUCUCACCAAAGCAAAAAAGAGAAGUCAGACCCACCGAUGACUCUCUCUACAAGCUUCAGCUCAUCGCUUUCCGCAACGGAAAGCUGUUUCCAGCCACGGGGAAUUCGACACAUUUGGCCGAUGAUGGGAAGCGGCGGACAGUGGUCACCCCCGUGAUUCUCACCAAAAUAGAUGGCGUGAACGUCGCCAGCCACCGCGUCCCCGUUAAUGUGACGCUGCGUCGCAUCGCGCACGGAGCAGAUGCCGUGGCCGCGCAGUGGGAUUUCGACCUGCUGAACGGACAAGGCGGCUGGAGGUCCGACGGGUGCCGCAUCCUCCACUCGGAUGAAAAUAUCACCACCAUUCAGUGCGCCUCCCUCAGCAACUAUGCGGUUCUGAUGGAUUUGACGGGAUCUGACCUCUACACCCAGGCCGCCAGCCUCCUGCACCCCGUGGUGUACACCACGGCCGUCAUUCUUCUCAUGUGCCUCCUCGCGGUGAUGGUCAGCUACAUAUACCAUCACAGUGCGAUCAGAAUCAGCCUCAAGGGCUGGCACAUGCUCGUGAACCUGUGCUGCCACAUCUUCCUGACCUGUGUGGUCUUCGUGGGAGGAAUAACCCAGACCAGGAACGCCAGCGUUUGCCAAGCAGUUGGAAUACUCCUUCAUUAUUCCACCCUCGCCACGGUGCUCUGGGUGGGAGUGACGGCCCGAAACAUCUACAAACAAGUCACCCGAAAAGCCAAAAGAUGCCGGGACCCUGACGAGCUGCCACCGCCACCUCGACCCAUGCUCAGGUUUUACCUGAUCGGGGGCGGGAUCCCCAUCAUCGUCUGCGGCAUAACCGCGGCAGCAAACAUCAAGAAUUAUGGCAGCCGGCCAAAUGCGCCCUAUUGCUGGAUGGCGUGGGAACCCUCCUUGGGAGCCUUCUACGGGCCAGCCAGCUUCAUCGCGUUCGUAAACUGCAUGUACUUUCUAAGCAUAUUUAUUCAGUUGAAGAGACACCCAGAGCGCAGGUACGAGCUGAAGGAGCCCCCGGAGGAGCAGCAGAGGCUGGCGGCCAGUGAAAACGGCGAGGCGAACCCGCAGGACUCCCUGUCCCUGUCUCUGAUCUCCACGUCGGCGCUGGAAAACGAGCACACGUUCCAUUCGCAGCUCCUGGGGGCCAGCCUCGCCCUGCUCUUGUACGUCGCGCUGUGGCUGUGCGGGGCCUUGGCGGUGUCUUUGUAUUACCCUUUGGACUUGGUGUUUAGCUUCUUUUUCGGGGCCACGUGUUUAAGCCUCAGUGCGUUCCUCGUGGUGCACCACUGUGUCAACCGGGAGGACGUGCGACUGGCGUGGAUCAUGACCUGCUGCCCGGGACGGAGCUCGUACUCGGUGCAGGUCAACGUGCAGCCCCCCAAUGCCAGUGGCACCAACGGAGAGGCCCCAAAGUGCACCAACAGCAGCGCGGAGUCUUCCUGCACCAACAAGAGCGCGUCCAGCUUCAAAAACUCCUCCCAGGGCUGCAAACUGACGAACCUGCAGGCGGCGGCCGCGCAGUGCCGCACCAGCUCUCUGCCCCUGAGCGCCACGCCGCAGCUUGACAACAGUCUGACCGAACACUCGGUGGACAACGACAUCAAAAUGCACGUGGCACCUUUAGAAGUCCAGUUUCGAACAAACGUGCACCCCAGCCGCCACCACAAGAACAGAAGCAAAGGACACCGGGCCAGCCGCCUGACCGUCCUCAGAGAGUACGCCUACGAUGUGCCCACCAGCGUGGAGGGCAGCGUGCAGAACGGCGCGCCCAAGAGCCGGCCGCCCAAUGGCGACGGCCACUCGAGGAGUCGCAGGGCGUACCUGGCCUACAGGGAGAGACAGUACAACCCGCCCCAGCAAGACAGCAGCGACGCCUGCAGCACGCUCCCCAAGAGCAGCAGGAACGUGGAGAAGCCCGCGGCAGCCGGCGGCAAGAAGGAUGCGUUCAGGAAGCCGACUGCCGUUGAACUUGAAAGUCAGCAGAAGUCCUAUGGCCUCAACCUGGCCAUUCAGAACGGACCAGUCAAAAGCAGCGGGCAGGAUGGAGCCCUGCUGGGCACGGACAGCACUGGCAAUGUUAGGACUGGAUUAUGGAAACAUGAAACUACUGUGUAGCGGGGGUGGGCUUCCCGGGCAGACACCCGUCCAUCCUCUGACAGUCACAUUCCUUCAAGCGGUGAACGCGUGAAAGCAAACUGUUUACAGCCACCCAUGGAUUCAAACGAGUUUUGAAUAAACGUCAGCGUUUUGAAUUGUACUUAUUUUAUAUCCCCCACUCCGUUGUUGCUUUUUUUUUAUGAAUUAAAAAGAAAGAAAGGAAACCUCUCAAGCAUUGUUUUAGUUGUCAGAGUACCAGCAGGACGUUUUGGGAACCUGAAAUGUGAUUUCCUGAAAUCUGUAACAUCGACUUCACGUUUCAGAGUUGUAUUUAAUGCAAUAAAUAGGUGUUUGUCAUUGUGUC